AUGCCUUCAAAACCAACCGUUCUUCACCUCGGUGAUCCUAUCAAAUACAACCAAGACUUCUACCACACAGAAUUCGAAUCACGUUUCCACGUCAUCCAAGCUACUGAGACCGACCGUGAAUCUUUCAUCCAAGUCCUGAAAUCAGAAAAAUAUGGCGAAUUCUCAGCCUUAUUCCGCCCUCACUUCCAAACGGGAGGAUUCAUGGGUCAAUGGGAUACCGAACUAAUUUCAUACCUCCCGCGAAGUGUCCGAAUCUUCGCGUCUGCGGGCGCAGGCUUCAACUGGGCGGAUGUGGAUACUCUAGGCCAACACAAAAUCUGGUACUCGAAUGGCGCAGGUGCCUCAGAUGAGGCUGUUUCCGACACGGCACUGUACAUGAUCUUGAGUGUCUUCAGAAACUUCACUCACUCGCAGCUGGCUGCACGAACUGCCGACCCUGAAAUCUUUACCGCGACACACAAGCUCAUUGCGACCAUCUCGCAUAACCCUCGAGGGCAUAUUUUGGGAGUUGUGGGGUUCGGGAACAUCAGCAAGAAACUCGCUUUCAAGGCAUAUAUGGCUCUGGGGAUGAAUAUUCACUAUUUUGAUAUAGUGCGCGCAGAUAGGAAAGAGGAAGAAGAACUGCAAGCAACAUAUCAUGAGACCUUAGAAGAUCUCUUAAAGGUUGCGGACUGUGUGACUCUCCAUACGCCUCUUAACAGACAUACUCAGGAUUUAAUUGAUGAGAAAGCUUUCUCGCUGAUGAAGCCCGGAAGUCGAAUUGUCAAUACAGCACGAGGCCAAGUUGUGAACGAAGAUGCGUUGAUUCAUGCUCUAGAAAGUGGUCAUAUCUCAGCUGCCGCAUUGGACGUGCAUUACAAUGAGCCUCAAGUCUCCCCGAAACUAGCAAGCAUGGAGAAUGUUACUUUGACUACACAUAUCGGCGGGGGUGCUCUGGAUACAAGGAUCAAUUUUGAGUUGAAUGCCAUGAAGAAUAUUAUUCAAGUAGUUGGGCCAAAUGGCGAGUUGAUUGGCGAGCCCCUUACUCCUGUUAAUCGCCAAGCGUUCGAAAGAUCUACAUGA